AUGGAAAAAGCUUUAGAGUCUCAAUGGCCAGAAACAACUCACCGUUUAUGUAUUUGGCACAUAUAUCAGAAUGCUGCAAAAAAUCUUAGUGGGGUUUUUCAAAAUUUUGGAGAAUUCACAAAGGAUUUUAGUAGUUGUAUUUAUGAUUAUGAUGAGAAGGAUGUUUUUAUUGAAGCUUGGAAUAGUAUGCUUGAGAAAUAUGAUCUUAGAGACAAUAAGUGGCUAAAAAAAAUGUUCAAUUUGAAGGAAAAAUGGGCAUUGGUAUAUGGAAGAGAGACAUUUUGUGCAGACAUGACAACUACUCAGCUGAGUGAAAGUAUGAAUAAUGUAAUUAAGAAUUAUGUUAGCUACAAGCAUGAAAUACCAAGAUUUUUUCAGCAUUUUCAAAGAUUAGUUGAGGAUCGUCGAUAUGAUGAGUUGAAGGCUGAUUUUAAAGCAACUCAAACUUCAUUGUCAUUGUCUUUGCCAAUAGAAAUUUUGAAGCAUACAUCAAUUGUUUACACUCCAACUGUAUUCAGAAUGUUUGAGAAAGAAUUUUGCAAGGCUUAUGAUUGUGCUAUGAACAUUAAAAGUGAGAAUGGAACAAUGUCAGAGUAUACAGUGACCCCUCAUGGAAAGGUUUAUGAGCAUAUUGUUACAUAUGAUUCUUCUAAUGAUACAGUGACAUGUGGUUGUAAGAAAUUUGAUUUUGUAGGAAUUUUAUGUGCACAUAUUUUGAAGAGCAAGAGUGUGUCUGUUGAAGAUGCAAAAGCAAAAAUGGCAAAACGUUACAAAGAACUUUGUAGAAUGCAAACUCAGCUAGCAACAAAAGCCGCUGAAGAUGAGAAAGCAUACAAAAUUGUUGUUUCUGCGUUUAGUAAGAUUUUUAUAGAUUUGGAUGCAAAUGAUAGAGCUCAAGGGAAAGAGAUUUCAACUUCUACUACCAGACAUAAUGAUAUUGAAAACAAGAACAAUAAUGGAAUAAGUGAUCAAAUUAAAGGGUUUAAGACUAAAAGAAAAGCUCAUGGUGGAUCUAGAAGAAUUAAAGGUGCACUUGAGAGAGCCAAAAAUAAGAAAAAGAUGGUUAAGGAAGAUUCUCCAUCACAACAAAUUCUACCAUAUACUCAUAAUUAUGAUGGUUAUGAAGAUCUAAAUGAGAAUACAAGUAUGACUGAACUAUUGCAACAGGCUAUCUCAACUCCUACUACAUUUCAAAGAUUUAGUGGCAAUUAUUUUCAAAAUUCACCACAGUGA